AUGGCGCUCACCAACAGCACGUGGACCUUCACGCCCAUCGUCGAGGCGUUCCCUCAGACGGUGCUGCCCAACGUCGCCUACUGGAAUGUCACGAACGGGGCGGACCUGGCGUACCAGGUCUCGCUCUCGUGGCCCUUGGACUGGCCCGCGUCGCGCGAGGUGGAGAACAAGACAGCUCUCACCAUGUACGUCCUCGACGGCAACGCCUUGGGCAUGACGGCAACAGAGGCCUGGCGGCGGCGCGACGCGGUGGAGACAGCCCAGCCGGACUACAUCGUGGUGAGCAUCGGGUACCCGGUGGCGGACAGCGUCUACGGCUCCCAGCGCAGCAUCGACUUCCAGCCGGUGACGCCCGGCGAGGACCCGCCGGCCGUGCCCGGGGUGCGCGAGGGCGCGGACGACUUCAUCGCGUUCAUCGAGGGCACGCUGCGGCCGUUCGUGCGGGACCAGGCGUUUGCCCCCGGCCCAGCAGGCGGCGGCAUUGAGUUUGGGCGCGAGGCGCUGUACGGACACUCGUUCGGGGGGCUGUUUGUCGUGUACGCCUUGCUGCGGCGGCCGGACCUGGUCGACACGUUCCUCGCGGCCAGCCCGGCGCUGUUCUGGAAUGGGCACUACAUUCUCAACCACACUGGGUGGCUCGACGAGGCGCCGGCGGCGCCAGGGGAUGGCCCUGCGUUCAGGCUUGCGUACGGGUCCCUGGAGCAGGACGCGGUGCGGCGGCGGACGGAGACGCAGGAGGAGUUUGAGGCGCGGGUCGCGCUGCUCCAGAGCUUUGGGCUGCUGCACAUGGGGGAGGAGUGCGCCGAGCUGAUCGGGAAGAUCGGCUCGAACGAUAGGCUGAGGGAUGCGGAGCUCAAGGUCUAUGAGGGGAGUGAUCACGCUUCCGUGGGCGCGGUGGCGCUGACGGAUGGGCUGGAUUAUUUUAUCGACUGGUGA